AUGUAUCCUUUUAUGCUUAUAAGCCGUUCAACGUCACUUCAAUUGCUGGCUAGAACAUUUCAAGAAAAGCAACAAGGCCGCAGAAUGAGAAUGAGUACUGGCAACAUUUUUUCGAGAGUCUGGAAUUCAGUCGUCUUUGGUUUUGGUGCCGCUUUGGGUGCCACUGCUGCUAGUGCCAUGCUUGGUGCUUGCUGUGGUGGAUAA